AAACACACGUCACGAGAAAACAUUUCACCUUUCUCAGACCAGCUGUGAAUUAUUAGUUCGUGCCACGUGCUGAAAAAAAAACAGUAUGCUCAGGCCGCUUCUCUACACCCAGUUUUCUAGGAUGUCCCAAGCCUGUAGGCUAGACAUGACAUGCUGUCUGUUAAUCAUUGCAGCUCACCUUGUCACUUAUUUCCAAGCGUUCAUCUGGUAGUGACAUCCUCUGCUCAGCCCAGCGGUUCCAUGUUUCACGCAACUUUAGAAGCAGCUCCAUGAGUGACUGAGUGUGCUCAGGUUGUAAAACCUUUUUGUGUGUGUAUCGUGUGUGUGUUUAUGAAUGAAUGUGGUUUGCACUUGCUGCUAAGGAGCAAGAAGUGAAGGUGGGUGCAGCAUCCAUGGCUCAGGAAAAGAAGAGAAAGAAAACAGCAGGAGUGCUGCCGCCAGAUGGUGGCUGGGGCUGGAUGAUUGUAGCCGGCUGUUUCAUGGUCACUGUCUGCACCCGUGCUGUAACAAGAUGCAUCUCUAUAUUUUUUGUUGAAUUUCAAAUGCAUUUUGCACGGGAUUACUCUGGGACUGCAUGGAUCCACUCGUUAGUAGACUGCACCACCAUGCUGUGUGCUCCUCUAGGCAGCCUGAUUGGGAAUCAGCUCUCGUGCCGUGUUGCUGUGAUACUUGGAGGAUUCCUGGCCUCUAUUGGAAUGGUGCUUAGCUCUUUUGCCACCAGUUUAGAGUACCUCUACCUCUCUCUAGGUGUUUUAACUGGACUUGGCUUUGCUCUCUGUUACACACCAGCCAUCGCUAUGGUUGGCAUUUAUUUCUGCGAGAGGAAGGCUUUGGCUUACGGCAUUGCUAUGUCUGGCAGCGGCAUAGGCACGUUCGUGCUGGCCCCUGUGGUGCAGCUACUGAUUGAACACUACUCCUGGCGUGGUGCUCUGCUUAUCCUGGGAGGCUUGGUGGCCAACCUGUGUGUGUGUGGAGCCCUGCUACGGCCUAUCACACUCAAAGAAGAAGAAGCCUUCCCCCUGCCAGUGGACACAGAGUGUGGAUAUAGUUCAACACUGCUUACAUUUGAUCAGAAAGAAAUGAACAGCAAAGUGAAAAAAAGCAGCAAGCAAUACUGCAUGCAGUUUAUGCAGGACUACCAUUUUUUGCUUAUGCCCGACUUCCUGGUUUUGGCAGGCUCUUUCCUGUUUCUGGCCAGUGGCUGCAGCCUGCCAUUUGUUUACUUGGUGCCCUAUGCACUAGAUGUGGGUGUCGGUCACCAUCAUGCCGCCUUUCUUAUGUCUAUUUUAGGUGUCAUAGACAUUGUGGGAAACAUCACCUUUGGAUGGUUCACAGACAGAAGGUGCUUGAAGAAGUACAGGAGCAUUUGUUACAUGGCUGCUGUGGGGAUGGAGGGUCUCUGCUGCUUCCUCAUCCCGCUCCUACGUACAUUCGCUCUGCUAGUGCCCUUCUCUGUGCUUUAUGGUUAUUUUGACGGUGCUUAUGUGGCACUUAUUCCCGUAGUGACAUCAGAUGUAGUGGGAACAGCAUGCCUGUCGUCUGCACUAGGUGUUGUGUACUUCCUGCACGCCAUUCCAUACCUGCUUAGCCCCCCUAUUGGAGGCUGGUUGGUGGACACCACAGGCACCUACACUGCAACAUUCUUUCUCAGUGGCUUUGCGCUCAUCUCCAGCGCCCUCCUGCUGUGCACCAUCACUGUGGUCCGCCACUGCCAGAGAAUUCAGAGGAACUCACAGAACAAAGUCUCCACACCAGAAGCAUGUGAAGACAAACAGGCAGAGUCUUAUACUGCAAAAAUCUUAUAGUGUUGCACCUAUCAUUUAUAUAAUCUGUUAUCUUUUCUUCAAUUUUUUUUUACAAAAUGCAAUUAAUGAAUUACCUUCAUUAGUUAUUAGAGAAAAACAUUUAAAGCGUUACCAGCACAUUUUCACAGUUUCAAAUCUCAUCAUGUGCCUUUCAUUCUGUCCAGCAAAAUUUCUGUUUAAAAUUAUUUCAUUCUAAGAGUGAAUGAAAAUUGGAAACAAAAAAAGUUGAGUUAGAGUUGGUGCAUAUUGCAUCGAGUUUUUUCUUUUUUUCUUUCUUUCUUUUUUAUAAAGUGCUUGUCCAAAAGUGUCAUAUAACUUGUGAAUGUAUUUGUUCAUUAAUGUAAGAAGGUAAAAUAUAUUUUUUAUUUUGAACUGAAUUGUGCAAGACUUGAUCAGCCUCAUGAUUUUCCUUUAAGUAGGAAGAACAGCAAUUGAUGACACGAAUAAGCUUGGAAAAGAAUUGAGUGCCACAAGAGGGCAGUGCUGAUUUAACUCACUACAAUCUUGGGUGAUUGUUGGAAGUUGCCAUGUUGUCACACAAGGUUCAUAUCAAGUACACUGACAGAUGGAAUAGUUUUAGUGACCUUUUUAUAAGCUAGUUUUACAUGUUAUCUUUAUUUUAUGAAAGAAGAAAGAGUUAUGAUGUCUUUUAAAAUAAACAUGUUUUAAAAUAAAAACAUUAUGAUUAAUAAAAGAUUAGUCUGGUGAAAUAAAUCUUCUGUACUGAUUUGACAGUUAUCAUGAAUUUUAGUUUAUUUCUGUUAAAAUAAUAAAGUGUACAUGUUCAAUACUGCCAAUCUUGAAAUGUGUCUGUUAAACAAUAUUAUUAUUAUUAUUAUU